AAGGAUUAUUUCAGACAUGGUCAAGUUAACGAAAACUAGACAUUGUAAUCUGAUCCAAUAUGGUGGAUGCUGUUUGACUUAUCCUAAUGUCAGCUUGUUCGUGGAAAUUGCUGACAAGGGAAGUGUAGCGGAUGUACUUGCCAAUGACACUUUUGAGACUGGAUGGGAAUUUGGAUUUUCAUUUUUAAAAGAUAUAUGUUGCGGAAUGGAAUUUUUGCACGACAAUUCUGAAAUCAAGACCCAUGGACGUCUCAAAUCUUCAAACUGUUUGGUUGACAAGCGCUGGACUGUACGUCUGUCAGGAUUUGGUGCACCGUUUCUUCGUUAUGGCAGCUACAGAAUCCCAGAUUCUGAACACUUGUCUAAUUUAAAAGAUCUUUUUUGGACUGCACCCGAACUACUGAAGGAUAACACAAGUCUCGAUGGGGUAAAGAGAGGCACACCGCAAGGAGAUGUGUAUUCAUUUGCUAUCAUUGCGUGUGAAAUUGCGACGAAGGCAAAACCCUACCAUUAUGAACUGAAACAUUUAAGUGAAAAAUCCAUUUUAGAACUCAUUAAAAAUUCGCAGUCACGGGCCAAUAAAGAUAUACGACAUGUAUGGGAGAGUAUUUGUGGACGUAAAAUGAUUUUUACGAGACCAAUUUUAAGUGACGAUUUAUUACCAAACAGUAAGCUUUCUAGGAAGCUGUUUAAAAAAAUGCUCGAAGAGUCUUGGAAUGAGAGAGCAUCGUCACGACCGACUUUUAGUAAGCUUAGCAUCAUUCUAAAUCGAAUGCACCCCAUUAAAGGAGAGCUCAUAGAUAGAUUAAUCCACCGCUUGGAAACUUACUCCAAUAAUUUAGAAAUACUCGUAGUAGAAAGAACCAGAGAACUAGAACAAAAAAAAGCUAAGGCUGAGCAAUUAUUGGGCCAGAUGUUGCCACCGAAAGUAGCUUCUGAACUGAAACAAGCUGGUAAAGUAAUACCGGAAUUAUUUGAAUGUGCCACAGUAUUCUUCAGUGAUAUCGUGAAUUUUGGCCGAAUAUGUAGAGAAAGUAAACCAAUGGAAAUAGUUGAUUUUUUAAAUGAAGUUUAUAAAAUAUUUGACUCUGUUUUAGACGGCUAUGAUGUUUAUAAAGUGGAAACCAUCAGCGAUUCGUACAUGGUAGUUAGUGGUAUUCCAGAAAAGAAUGGUGAUCGCCAUGCAGGAGAAAUUGCAACAAUGGCUUUAGAUCUGAUGUCACAUGUUACUAUACUCCAUGUUGACCCGAUGGAAACUGACGUUCUGCAGUUACGAGUGGGUAUGCAUUCUGGUCCGGUAGUAAGUGGCGUAGUGGGGAAACUAAUGCCUAGAUUUUGUCUGUUCGGAGACACAGUCAACACAGCUUCCAGAAUGCAGUCUAGUUCUUAUGCAUUACACAUUCAAGUGAGCGAGAGUACUGCAGCAAUUCUUGAUUCUUUAGGCGGUUAUAAAUUAGAAUGUAGAGGAAAAAGAGAAGUAAGAGGUCGUGGAGUAAUGACAACGUACUGGCUGUGGGGUAAGGACUCAUUUAUGAAAGAACUACCUGAUAUAUCCCUGGCAGUCCCUCUCUCAGAACACAAAUUCAAAUAA